AUGAGGUGAGUUCUUGCAACAAAUUUAUUCCUCUUUUGAAAUACUUUACGUAAGUGCUUUUUUGAAAUUAAAUUAUUGCCUGUGUUUCUAACUCCUGGAAGAAGGGAGAAAAAUGCUGCUAUAAACGUUAGGAAGUGAUUAUAGGAAAUGUUGCUGCUGUGCUACUGAAUCGUAGUUUGCCUCCUGGUACCCUUCUUAUGUGCCUCAAUAUCAGAUCUGUACUCAUAUGUGAUCAUUUUUUAUGUAAAGAAAGGGAAUCUGUGUUCCUAAACACACUGCUGCCUUGCAAAGCAUAGUUUCAUUUUGUGUAUAAGAUGUUGUCACUGAUGGCCUGAUCCUAUAAACCGCUAAAUAGCUAAAAUCGCAGCAACAAAAACCCACACCGAAACCCCAUUGUGAGCACACCAGUGGUGUGUACUGUGAAUUAGUUGUUUGUUGCUGGGGUGUAUAGGAAUAGGAGCAGAGAUCGGUUAAAUCUUAAUGGACACUAUCACUAAUAAUUCCAAAAUCCACAGUUGGGUGAUACCUUUACUAGGACUAAGCACACUAUCACAAGAAUGUAUCAGAACUAUUUAACUGGCAAGAUGUCACACAAAGCAGCAGGCGACCAGGGAACGGGGAAAAUGAAGACAUUUUAAAAAAUACAAAAAUUAGACUGAUGUAGUAUCCGUAAGGUCAGCUGAAUGCCAAGAUGGAGGUUGUGGGUUGAAAUAGCCCCUCCCAGGUGCUACAGAUUUCAGGUUCCUGAAAUUCCUAGGAUUCUGAAUGAAGAAGCAAUGGCUCUGAGAAGUUUAAGUCCAGCUUGCAACUCAGUUCAGUCCCAAACCUUAAACAACUAUGGGAGCUAAUAAGUCAGUGAUGGGAGCAUCACAUAUAGGGCUUUCAGAAGUUCCAUCUUUAUUGAGUUGUUGUUCGUCUGGCUUCCACAGCAUGACUUUGCUUCAUAUUAGCUCUGGGAGCCUUCCAUCUUAACAUUCACAGAAACCAAAGGUUGCUUGCGUUCUCGCUGAGAUACGAGGGAUUGUGGUUAAUUGUGGUACCCAGUAGCUCCCUCAAAGGGGACGUCCAUACUGGUUCCAGGAGACCCUCUCUGCUCCACAAAGUGCCUGGUUCAUCUUCUAUGGACUCGGUCUCUAGGCCCAGCUCAGGGCUAGGCUUAACAGAGUAUUGCUUAGCAUAUAUCCUUGAUGUGGCCAGGUACUGCUCUGACGAUACAAAUGAAACAGUUGGCUCAUUCCGCUGCUCUUCUCCCAGGUGACAUUUGUUCACGUAGGCAUUUUGUCCAAGUGUAUAUGUUUCCAUAUGCCUAUUGCUUCUUUUUGAAUUGCCUUGUGUCUUCAUCAAUGAGCCUUUGAAGUUUCAAUUCCCGCAUCUGAAUUGGAUUGUUCUGCUUUUAUUGGAUUGGAACUGUUACGUUUGCCUAAAAGCACAGAUCAAUGAUGCCCUAGUGGCAUAAUAAUAAUAAUAAUAAUAAUAAUAAUAAUAAUAAUAAUAAUUUUUAUUUAUACCCCGCCCUCCCCAGCCAAGGCUUACAAGCAAUAAUAAAAACAAGUUGAAUGAUUACAACUUAGAAACAAAAUUAAAAUACAACAUUAAAAUAUUGAAACAUUAAAAUAUUAAAAUGUAGCCUCAUUGCAGGAGGAGAAGGAAAAGAAAAAAGAAAGAGAGGGAGGCAAUGAAAUUGGCUCCAAGCCAAAGGCCAGGCGGAACAACUCUGUCUUACAGGCCUUGCGGAAAGAAAUCAGAUCCUGCAGGGCCCUGGUCUCAUGAGGCAGAGCGUUCCACCAGGCUGGAGCCAGUGUUGAAAAGGCCCUGGCUCUGGUUGAAGUCAGUCUAACUUCCUUAGGGCCCGGGACCACUAGGGUGUUGCUAUUUAUGGACCUUGAGGCUCUCCGUGGGGCAUAUCAGGAGAGGCAGUCCCGUAGGUACGAGGGUCCUAGGCCGUGAAGGGCUUUAAAGGUCAAAAGCAGCACCUUAAACCCUAUAUACAAAGGGUUCGUGUAUAUAGGAAUGGAGAAGGAAUCCAUUUUACACGGAGUUUGGUGGCUCUCCAACCUUACUGUUUGUUACAUCACAAAACCUCUUGUAUUGAGUGCCUGCUUAUGUCUGAGCUUGGGGGAAAAACAAAACAUUGUAAACAUUCAGAGAGAUUGCUAUGCGAUUUAAGACCCAUAGCAAAUUCUCCACUAACUUGUCAAAAUCCACCUGACUUUACUAACCCUUCAAUUUUAAUUUUGUAUUCUGCGAGGUUUGACCAUGACUGACUGACUCCCCUCCUUCCUCACUUUUUUUUUUUUAAAAUAAAGGUUUUAUCACACCUGUAAACUACCUGGAAGAAUUAUGGGGGUCCGGCUACUUCACUUCUCUUCUGUUGUGAUCCUGCUGUUGCUCCUUGUGGCAGGUGCGUUAACUGCUUUGCUGCCAAAUAUUAAGGAAGACAAAAUGCUCAAUUUGCGGAGGGAAAGAAAAUCACAGAGCCAGAUCGCCUCGGAUUCCUUUACUCUCAUUAUGCAGACGUACAAUCGAACCGACCUUCUGCUGAAGCUUUUGAAUCAUUACCAAGCUAUCCCUCAUUUGCACAAAGUGAUUGUUGUGUGGAAUAACAUUGGAGAGAAAGCCCCUGAGGAAAUUUGGAACUCCCUGGGACCGCACCCCAUCCCAGUUAUCUUCAAGACACAGACAGUAAAUCGCAUGAGGAACAGGCUUCAAGUUUUCCCCGAGCUGGAAACAAAAGGUAAUUAUUGGUGUGUUUCUCUUCUCCCCCACCCCAGCAACUAUUACUGCUUUACACCAUCAUUCUCAUUUGAGGGGACGGGGGUUACAGCUAAGUGCUAUUUCUCACCAUGCAUCUUCAUCACUUGGUGGCUACAGCAUCAAGCGAUAACUUCCGUGGGUGAAUGCACAAUCACGAAUCAGAUUCUGUAAACAGAAUUUUCAUACAUCACCUAAAACUACGGAUGUCGCAGAUCUACAAAAUUACUCGUCUAACUGUAUUAACUUGUCCAGCUUGCCAUUAUGAAGUAAGCUGGGACACGGUUGGUCUAAACCAUCAAGCCUCUUGGGUUUGCCAACCGUAAGGUUGGCAGUUCGAAUCCUCCUUUUUGACACAGGGCUAGGUGCCAGAACCUCUGUGGUUAUGUAGGGUGGAGUUCGACGUUGCACUAAAACCAAUGCUGCCAUCAGCGUGAGUGGAACAACCUCCCUUUUCUUCCCCCAUGUGCUGUUUUGGAGAUUCUCCCUAUCCCCCGAAGUUUUUUUGAGCGGGGCAUGGGAAAGGUGGGGAGGUAAACCCCAUUGUGCUAAUGGCAGGGGAACAACUUAGUGGAAUCCAACUCCUAGUUUCUAGGGCAUUUCCCUAGUGCCUAGGACCAUGCAGCUGUAGCGUUCCAGGUACCACGUAGGAUUGAAGGCCUCUUGAAGAAGACUCCAGUGAGAUUGCCCCCUUAUUGCUAAUGUUUGAAGAAGCGUUCAAUCCACUGAUGUCCUCGGUGGAGAGACCAGGCAACUUGUUCUGGAUUUUGGAAUCUGCCUCGGAAAGAAAAAAAAGCAAGCAACCCUAUUUCCUGGAAUUUUUGCUGAGCCAAAUUCCAGUUCAAGCCAUGGAGUGUUUUUCCACCUUUGCCUAAAACGCAGGUGCUGUUGUUCUUUUUUUCAACAGAGCAGCUUGCACAUUCAGUUGUGCGUCAGCAAUGGAUGAGAACUCAAGCGCUGUACGAGCACUUGUGAACCAGCCCUGGAAGGUCAACAUUCCUAAGCCUAAGAGCUCUUACGUUGUUGUUGUUUUAUGUGACAGAGAGACACCAUCAAUUCUUCCUCCGCAGCACCCUCACAGUUCCUGCACUGACCUAUCCUGACUCCCUCUCCCCAGCUCCAGUCUUCUGCUUUUCACUCACUCCUUAACAGCAGUUGCUAACAUGCUUCUUCUAACACAGCGUUUCCCAAAUUUGGGUCUCCAGCUGUUCUUGGACUACAGUUACCAUCAUCCCUGACCACUGGUCCUGCUAGCUAGGGAUGAUGGGAGGUGUAGUCCCAAGGAUGUGUGCAUAUAGAACUGCCCCCUAUUGUAUAAUAGCAUGCAAGGGGCUGUUUCACCAUCUUCUGCUCACCUUCAGGAAGCACCAGCAAACUCCACAUCUCAUUUUGGGCACCCUGGGAUUUUUCACUUUUUGUUCACGUCACUCAAAGUACAAGAUCCUGAGCCUUGAAAACGUUCCCUAGAUUGUGGUUCAUCUCUCACCCUGAAAAGCAAGCAAAGUUUUCUGUGUCCCCCCCCCCCCCCAGCAAGUGUAAUCACAGUGACUAUUGUUCUAAUUUGUCAUACGCCUUUUGCUUAGUAAUGCCUUUUUAAAUGUGUGUUCUCAUCAAAAUGCAUUUUCCCUCUGUUCAGCUGUUUUGAUGAUGGAUGAUGAUACCCUAGUUAGCGCCCAUGACCUAGUUUUCGCUUUCUCCAUUUGGCAGGUAAUGUCUGCAUUUUGCUUUGCAUGCCUUGUUUUUAAUUGUACUGAAUUAUUAUAAUGUUUUUUGGUAUUUCUCUAAGGGUGCGUAUUUACCUAGGAGUAAGCACCAAGGAAUGUAGAAAGACAUAGUUCAGAAAGAAAAAGAUUUGUGUUUUCACAUGUUCCUAAAAGCGGUGAUCCCCAGAGACUGUUAAUUUCAUUUGUCUACCGCUUUAUAUUUCUAAGAAAAAAAUCUCAAAAAGUAGUUUACAACUAACAUUAAAACAUCAAAUAAAACAAACUUAGAAUAAAACAUUACAGGAGAAAGUCAACUAUAAAGUAUACAUUCAAAGCAGGAAUAAUUAGCAGGAAACUAAAAUACUGUCUUUAAAGAUUUUGAAAUAGAGCAUUACAAAGAAGGUCAACUACAGAAUGCACAUUUAACGCAGCAAAGAUAACCAAAAAAAAUCUUCAAAAGAAAAUGUUACUAAAGGAAGUCAAAUAUGCACAUUUAAAACAGCAUAAUUAUCAAGAGACUAAAAAUAUUACUUUAAGCAAAUGGAU